CUGUGGUGGACCGUCCACGUCCACAGCUUGCCCCACCGACCUGAGCAACACGACGUCGUGCAAACCGAUGACAACAUUGCCCGUGCCUAAUGAAGUGAUCCCGGUCUCUCCAUCGACAGGAAGACAAGCAGUGGAAUUAUUCAUAGAACAGAAUCGCUUUAAAGAGGACCCUAUUAAGGAUCGUGUGGAUUGAAGCGACACAUUUGCAGGAGGAGUCUGAUCUGAAGGUGGAUUUUCAGUGGGUAUUAUCACAUUGAGGCGGGACUCUGAGAAAGUUUACGCUGACACACACAACGGGAGAGGAAUCAGCCAAUUUGUUUUAGGAAACCACCACCAUAUAUUUCAAAUAACCGGUCUUUUUUCAAGCUGCAAUAUAUAGCCUGGCAGGAUUGUCACUUGGAACUUUUGUCUCAGUUGAGGAGGAGGACUGUUCAGCAUCGUCACUAACAUCAGGUCAGGAGUCACUGACUGUGAUACAAUUUGCUUAACUAAUGGGAGAUAUACCACAGUUUCAAAUACAAAGAACUCACGUGUAAUACACGGACAUGGAGGUGACAACGCAGCACUAAAAGCCGCAGAAGGAAUUACAGUCUGGCAAUACUGAUACACAGACAAUAAUCGAAAUUCGUCUACGAUGUCUGUGGGUAUCAUUCGCGCAUUGAAAACCUUCAAGGAUCAUCCAUACGUUCAGUAUGUAGGACUUGGUUUAGCAGGACUGGUGAACAUCGAAAACCAAGAUGGCGACCACACAGUCAGCCGGAAGUCCAAGUUGCAACUCAUUCGGCUAUCCACAGCCGUAUGUGGCAUCGAACUGUGCUAUGCGGCAGAGACAGCGUUUGUGAGCCCUAUUUUAUUGAAAUUAGGGGUCCCUGUAGCCCUUAUGACUCUUGUUUGGUGUCUUAGCCCAGUGCUGGGUUUUUUCCUUGUCCCCGUAUUGGGUUCCCUCAGUGACAGAUGUCCAAUGAAGAUGGGGCGAAGGCGCCCGUUUAUACUUAUAUUAUCAGCAGGUAUAGUGCUGGGGCUUCUACUGGUCCCUAACGGUGAGAGCAUAGGGAUUUUAUUGGGGGAUAAAGGAAAUGAGACCUUACAUAACAGAUACAAGUAUGUUUAUAAUCAGUCCUUUCAGGAGACAUCGAAGAGAAGUAUUUUGGACAAUGUUUCAUUACCCGACGUAACACCAAUACCUAUAUCGGAAGGGACAGACAUGGUAACCGGUGCCACUGAACCUGAAAGUUAUGCUAUAUCUAAAGACCAUUUUCGAGGAAUAAUAUUGACUAUAGUUGGGGUCGCAAUGCUUGACUUCAACUGUGACGCUUGUCAGUCACCGAGCAGAGCUUACCUUCUGGACGUUACGUCACCCGAGGAACAUUCUUCGGGGUUGACUAUGUUUACAGUCAUGGCUGGGAUUGGUGGAAGCAUCGGCUACAUUAUGGGAGGUGUGGACUGGAACGCAACAGAGUUUGGUACAGCUUUUGGGGGCCAUAUACGUGUUGUGUUUUUUCUAGUCCUCAUAGUGUUCAUCAUUUGCGUCAUAUCAACCAUCACCAGCUUCAAGGAAACACAACUAAAAGAUCUCGGCAUUUCUAAAGAAAAAAUCCAAAAGAAGAAGAAGAAAGUCGGGAAAUCGAAAUAUCGUAAAUUCACAAACGAGGAAGACGAUGAUGAGGAAGAAGAAAUUGGUUUCUCAAACGACCAGAGUUAUGGCGCCCUGGGCAAACCAAAGUUAGAGAAGCUACCAUCUGACCAUGACCUUCACAAAGGUUACACGGCAGACUCAGAGGAUGACCUGACGUCAAGGAACAACAUGGAACAACACACAGAAGCAGACAGACACACCCUGACGGAAAGCAACGUCACGUCAUCAAACACCGCCGACAAAGACCACCCGAUUGAGAUAUCCACCGACGUUACGCUGCGGACAUAUUUACGUUCCAUUGUGAAAAUGCCAAGGUCGCUAUUCAUAUUGUGUUUAACGAAUCUCUUCUGUUGGUCGUCUCUCGUCUGUUACUCACUAUAUUUCACAGAUUUUGUAGGGCAGGUUGUGUACAAUGGCGAUCCUCAGGCCCCGACUGGUAGCGACGCUCACAACCGAUACGAUGAUGGAGUAAGACUCGGGUCCUUUGGGAUGUCCCUGUACUCCUUUUCCUGUGCUGUCUACUCACUCUGUAUCGAAAAACUCGUUCGCACAUUUAAAGCCAAAAGAGUGUACGUAUGCGGCCAGUUGACCUAUACUGUGGGAAUGGUGAUACUGGCACUAGUGAGGCACAAAGUGGCGGUAAUUGUCUUGUCCCCGACGGCCGGAAUAAUGUACGCCACGCUGUUCACAAUGCCAUACUUGUUGGUUGCAAAUUACCACACACAAGGGGAGUUCAAUCGUCCCGAGGACCAACAGGUGCGUGGUCUGGGGACUGACGUGGCAUUGAUAAGCAGCAUGGUGUUCCUAGCCCAAUUCCUUCUCUCUGUGUCAAUCGGCAGCAUCAUCCACGCAGUCGGCAGCACCACCGCUGUCAUUGUCGCUGCCGCCAUCUUGAGCUUCUGUGGAGCCAUCACAGCCACUCAGGUCACCUACUUCGACGUGUAACCUCUGACCUCGUCACCCCUGACCUGGUUAAAUCUGUCCUUGUUACAUCACCAUUGCCGUUUGUAUUGAGGAAGGUUCAAGGAUGAAGGUGACGCGAUGACGAGUGGAAUGGGGGAGAAACUGCCAGUUAUGCCCACUUAGAAGGUGAAGGUCGACCGAGCAAGGUCAGAGGUUAUCCCAUGGUACAUAUUGCAAUAAGCUUAAUAAAGAAUCAAGGUGUUGAUUCAUGUACAAAACGAUGUCAAGAGUUUUGAAGAAAUCACGAGGACGGUACUAAAAUGGUAUAGACAGGAAAUCUGGAAAGACUAUAUCUUUGAUCGCAAACACUGUGAAUGUGUGUGCAAUAUCGUGUUCAAAUAAAGAUGAAUGUACUGUUGUGUCAUAAAUCUGUAUUUCUGUUAACUAGAUAAAUACAUGUUACACCCACGGGAGAAUGCCUUUGUGUAAGUGGAUUCUAUGUAUGUCAGUGUUAGGUAGCUCUCUUACACUAGCAACUGAACGACUGAAUUUCUACCAGUCAGUUUCCAUAGUAACCUGGGAAAAAUAGACAUAUUCGUAAAAAUAACUUGAGCUGUGUCCAACUUAUAACCCUUCUUAUUUAUUCAAGCAACCAUAUAAGGCAAGAUGAGUUUUCUUUCUCUGCCCAAAGAACUAAACAAAAAAACAAUAGUUAAAUCUCAACCUCUUUCACAUAACCUCAGAAUUAGGCGGGAAAUACUUUUCUGCACGGUGACAUCUAUAAUUUGUGUAACGUAACAUCCAUUGCGUCACACUCGUCUGAGAUACAAAGGGCAUGCUAUAUAUAACGGUAAGAAACAAAUAAAGCUGGCCCAAACAUAUUGUGUGGUUCAAUUCAGCAGGAAUUGUAAUAUAUACUGAGAGAAAUAUAUAAAGGAUCACAGGGAAAUGCAAGCGUUCCUUUAUUACUUUACAGUUUUCUUCGCCACAGCGCUAAUCAAAGCUGGAGAUGAAUACUGGAAAAUAUUAAAGGAACGCUUGAAUUUUCCUGUGAUCCCUUAUUUGUUUCUCUCAGUACAUUAUACAAAUUUAAUAAUGUUAACUCAUAUAUACAUUUUUAUCGACAUUUAAACCUUUAUUGAACGAGUUUUCAGUAAUAUUAGUUACUUGCGGUUUUAAAUAUAUACUGUAUCUUAAGCAGACUGGUCAAUUAUCUCAUUGUCAUUACUCACAUUGUUCUUUUUAUUUAAAGUCAUUUCAUGUGCUGGCGCAAAUGGACUUUAGAAGGUUCAAGUCGCCAGAAAAACAUACAAUACCAACAAAUAAGGCUGUGAUUUUAGGACUGCUUCGUUCUGCGCCUGAUCGUGAACAUCUUCAUACAGAUAGGCGAUGUGGUCAUAUGAUGCCAAUAGCUAUGUGGUGUUCUGUUAGCGUCUAGGCAAUCCGCAUGUACAUGUAUUUGAAAGAAUGUUUAAAAUUGUAACAUUUAGAGAAAUAAAUAUUUGUUUAGCUUA